ACUAACUGUAACAAUUUCCAAAUCAUUUCACCGCGUGCCGCCAUGCUAUUCGCUCCUUCAUGCAUGGGUUCUCAUCUCAUCCUCUAUUAAGAGUCUUCCACUCCGACCCACUGACACACUCAGCUCCAUUCCAUGUCUCCCGAGCUCACCGGCGGAUCACCGCUGAGUUGCGCCGACCGGACAAGAUAGAGUAAUCCUAGGCGACUUCCAUCGACCGUAUGCUGUAUGGCGGCGACGGUGAGGAAGCUGGUGGUGGAGGUGGUGGAGGCGCGGAACCUGCUGCCCAAGGACGGGACGGGCACGUCGAGCCCGUACGCGCGCGCCGACUUCGACGGCCAGCGCCGCAAGACGCGCACCGUGCCUCGGGACCUCAACCCGGCCUGGAACGAGCCGCUCGAGUUCAACUUCCCCGGCCCCGGAUCCGGCGGCAUCGACCCCGUCGCCGGCGAGCCGCUCGAGGUGGCCAUUCUCCACGACGUGCGGGUGGCGCCCACCCGUCGCAACAACUUCCUCGGCCGCGUCCGCCUCGACGCGCGCCAGUUCGUGCGCAAGGGCGAGGAGGCGCUCAUCUACUUCCCGCUCGAGAAGAAGAGCUUCUUCAGCUGGGUGCGCGGCGACGUCGGCCUCAAGGUCUACUACCUCGACGAGCCCCUCGCGCCGGAGCCUGACCCGCCUGCCGCUGAUCCUCCUGCGGCCGAUGCGGAGCCGCCGCCAAAGGUUGAUGCGCCGCCGCCAGCUCCUGAUGCUUCACCCGUGUGCGCGGAUGCAGACCUACCGCCGGUGCAGAUCGAAGCAGAGGUGCCAGAGACAGCACAAGGAACGCCACCUGCCGGCGACGAAGCCAGCACGGAGAAGCCGCCCGAGGGUGAUGCGGCAGCGCCGACCCCGGCCACGCAAGAUGCGCCGGUAAUGAGUUCGGAAGCGGUGCCAGCUUCCGAUGGACCAGCGUCAGAGAUCUCGCCACCGGAGGAGGAGACCCCGCCACCGCCAGCACCGCCGAUCCCGACGCCAAUGCCAAGGCAGGUGCCGGUGCCGCCGCGUCCGGCGCCCCCGCCACCGGAUGUGCCGAUGGAGCGAUCAAAGCACGACCUGGUGGACAAGAUGCCGUACCUGUUCGUCAGGGUUGUGCGCGCGCGCGGCCUGCCGGCGGGAGCACACCCGCACGUGCGAGUGGCCGCCGGCGGCCGCCACGCGUCCACACGGGAGGCGCGCCGCGGCGCCUUCUUCGAGUGGGAUCAGACGUUCGCUUUCGCGCGCGACCCUGCCAUCGACUCCCCGGGCCCAACUCUCGAGGUCUCUGUGUGGGACCUCCCUCCCGACGCCGAUGUGUCCAUGGCCGACGACCGCAGCUUCCUCGGCGGGCUCUGCUUCGACACCGCCGACGUCCACGCUCGGGACCCGCCCGACGGCCCGCUCGCCACGCAAUGGUACAGGCUGGAAGGCGGGCGCCGCCUCGCCGGUGCCGACUUGAUGGUGGCCACGUGGGCCGGCACGCAGGCCGACGAGGCCUUCGCCGAGGCGUGGAAGGCGGACUCCCCGUCAUCGUCAUCGUUCUCGGCUGCCGCCGCGUCGCGCGCCAAGGUGUACGUCUCGCCCAAACUCUGGCUCCUGCGCCUGACCGUCAUCGAGGCGCAGGAUACGCUCACGGCGGCGCCGCCCCGCGACGCCGGCAUCGCCGUGCGCGGGACCCUGGGCUUCCAGUCCCUCAAGACCCGCACCACGCCGGUGAACCGCAACGGCGGGCCGGCCUGGAACGAGGACCUGGUUUUCGUCGCCGCCGAGCCGUUCAUCGACGACGACUGCUUCGUCAUCUCCCUCGAGGUGCGCUACGGCAAGGAAGCUUUUCCUGUGGGCUCGGCCAGCAUCUCGCUCGCUGCCAUCGAAAGGAGGGUCGACGAUCGGAAGGUGGCGUCCAAGUGGCUCGACCUUCUCCCGUCCGACGAGACCAUGAGAAAAGUGGGCAAGAGGGCGGCCAUGCACAUGCACGGCGGCCGGCUGCAUGUGCGCGUGUGCCUCGACGGCGGCUACCACGUUGCCGACGAGCCGCCGUACGCGAGCAGUGACUUCCGGCCGUCGGCGCGGCAGCUGUGGCGCCCGCCAAUCGGCGUGCUGGAGCUUGGCAUCGUCGGGUGCAAAGGCCUCCUACCGAUGAGCACCGCCGACGGCAAGGGGUGCACGGACGCGUACGCCGUGGCCAAGUACGGCACCAAGUGGGCGCGCACGCGCACCAUCUCCGACAGCUUCGACCCGGCCUGGAACGAGCAGUACACUUGGCCCGUGUACGACCCGUGCACCGUGCUCACCGUCGGCGUCUUCGACGACCCGCUGCAGUCGCUUCCGCCGCACGGGGAGAAAGACGGCGCGUGUUCGCUGCCGAUGGGGAAGGUGCGGAUACGGCUGUCCACGCUGGAGAACGGCCGCGUGUACCGCGGCGCGUACCCGCUAAUCCUGAUGCUGCCCACCGGCGCAAAGAGGAUGGGCGACGUCGAGCUAGCCGUCCGCUUCGCCACGUCCGGGACGACGCUCGACGUGCUGCACAUGUACGGGCAGCCGGUGUUGCCGGCGAUGCACCACCUGCGUCCUAUCCCGUCCGUGAACCGCGAGGCGCUUCGGCUGGCCGCGGCGCGCAUCUCGGCCGCUCACCUGGCUCGCGCCGAGCCGCCGCUCCGGCGGGAGGUGGCAAUGUGGAUGCUGGACGCGACGGAGCCCCGGGGAUUCAGCAUGCGGAAGCUGCGCGCCAACUGGAACCGCGCCGUGGCGGCGCUGUCCUGGGUGGCCGACGCUGCGCGGUGGGCAGAGGAUACCCGGUCGUGGCGGAACCCGACGGCUACGACCAUGGCGCACGCCGUGCUCGUGCUCCUGGCGUGGCACCCGGAUCUCAUCGUGCCGACGCUCACGCUCCACGUCGCGGCCGUCGGCAUUUGGAAGUACCGACGCAGGCCGCGCACCCCGGCGCCGCACCCGUGCGUGCGCGUGUCCAUGGCGGAGGCGCCUGACAGGGAGGAGCUGGACGAGGAGUUCGACACGAUACCGAGCGCGAAGUCGCCGGAGGUGGUGCGCGCGCGGUACGACCGCGCUAGGAUGGUCGGAGCGCGGCUGCAGGCCAUGGUCGGCGACGUGGCGACGCAGGCGGAGAGGCUGCGGGCGCUCGUGUCGUGGCGCGACCCACGCGCUACAGGGAUGUUCGUGGUGCUCUGCGUCGUGAUGGCCAUGGUGCUGUACAUGGUGCCCAUGAAGGUGGUGACCGUGGUCGCCGGGUUCUACUACCUCCGACACCCCAUGUUCCGGGACCGGAUGCCGGCGCCAGUGAUCAACUUCUUCCGGCGGCUGCCUUCUAUGUCCGAACGUAUCAUGUAGGAUCCGUCGAGCGGUGUGGAAGUCUGGAUCGUCAUGGACUGCAUUUCUAGUUGCACCUGGUAGUACUAGCUCUUUAUAUUUUCUAGAGAUGGACCUUGUAGUACUUCCUAAAUAUAAGUCUUUUAAGCGAUUUCA